GUUCGCCUCCUUAGAGCCCGUCGUCAGGGGAGGCCCGCGAGCGGCGGCAACACCUCGAGCGGGACGCGGCGGGCUGAAGGAGAAGCGCGAGAGGCGCCUCACGAGCCGGAGCCAUGUUCGGGGGUUGGUCCAGAAUCUUCGAGGAGGAUCCUUUCUUUCGGGAUCCAUUUGUCGCACACAAUGAUCAUAUGCGUCGUUUCUUUUCUGAACCUUUUGGACGAGAUCCAUUUCUCUCAAUUAAAGAUGGUGGGGAAGGAGCUCUACAUCAAAGAGGACGUCCUGAUUCUCAGGUUGCUUUGAGAGACAAUCACAAGACGAGCUGUUCCCUUAUGCCUUUUGGCAGUUUUGGUGGCAUGGCAGCGAGUUUUCCGCUUAUGCCUUUUGGCAGUUUUGGUGGCAUGUCCCCCCCUAUGCCUUUUGGCUGUUUUGGUGGCAUGAACAUGGAUUUCAGGGAUCAUUUCUCUGCAAUGGACAGAAUGAUGUCAAACAUGAGAAACAGUAUGAUGGAACUGCACAGAAAUUUUGAUAAAAUGGCACUUGAUCCAAAUGCUCACUCAUUCAGUUCUUCCUCAGUGAUGACUUAUUCCAAGAAGGGUGAUGAACCUCCAAAGGUUUUCCAGGCUUCAGCUCAGACACGUGUGGCUCCAGGAGGGAUUAAAGAAACCAGAAAAGCACUUAAAGAUUCUGAAAGUGGGCUUGAAAAAAUGUCAAUUGGUCAUCACAUUCAAGAUCGUGCUCAUGUUGUUCAGAAGGCCAAGAACAACAAAACUGGUGAUGAGGAACUGAAUCAAGAAUUUGUUAAUUUAGAUGAAGGUGAAGCUCAUGCAUUUGAUGAACAAUGGCAGAAGGAGAUUCUGAAGUACAAACCCUCAGGAAUAAGAAAUGGUAUAGAUGCACCAAGACAUAGAAACAGCCAUCACAUAAGCAAGGAAGAUGCAAUAAGGAGAGAGAAGACCCCCCGCCCAAGGGUAUCCAUUGAGGGACCCAGGAAGCCUAAACCUUCUGUGGAGAAGCUCAAUAUCAAGGGAUCACAUGUUCCGCUCAAAACCAGCAAAAAAUAAAUUGCUGUCUGGCUUUUCAUGUCAUCAGGCUAUUUCUUCGGAGGACGCAAUAAUUCUGGAUCAACGACUAAGACCAAGCUCUCUGUUUCUAGCAGUAGUGAAUUUUGCUCUCUUGACUAUUGAAUGUUUGUGAUAGCUCCAGCUCCUUGGUAACAUUUGGCCUUGAGAGUAGUUAAGGAAAACACUGAUGCUGGAAAGCACUUUACGGAGUUAUUUUCUUUUUUUUAGGAUGAGGCAGAAUGUCAAAGCAAAUAGUUUGCAUUAACAGUGCUCCAGCAAGUGUAGAGCCAAAAACAAAACAAAACAUGUAUCAUUGCAGCUACAUGUACAGGUAUUCAAGGAAGUACAGUUAAUAAACUGCAGUUUUUAACUCAAGCAUUACGGGUGUAGUUUUGGUGAAGAUCCAAUCUGUCAGUGUCUAAAGCAUUGUAAAGAAGUAUCUAGAUCUAUUAAGCAAUACUUUAUGAAAUAGCAUGUAUACUACACUUCUAGUCAAUAUUGAUGAGUAACAGUCAAUAUUGAUGAGCCUUGCAAAAAAAGUUAGAUAAGCUGCAUAAAUAAAAUUGAAUUUUAUCAUAAUUUUUCUGUUUUGCAUAUCUCUUUACACAACAACCAUUUCCUAAAUUGUUGGCUGUUCUGCUUCCUUGAAAGAUAAUCCUCUAUUUCAGCUCUAUCAUGCUCUUUUCUAAGAUUAAAAUGCAUGUUACUAGCCUCUUCCCUAUAGCAAGAAAGUUACUGUCCUACAUAUUAAAACAAGCUCUAACCUUUUGGGCAGAUUGAAGUUAGGAGUCAUACUUGAGCUAGAGAACAACCUAGAGUAUAAUUCGUUGACAUUCUUGUGAAGGAAAAACGGUUUCUGGAUUUAGAUGUAAUGGGCUUUUAAAUGAAUUGUGAAUAGAAAAACCAUGAACUAACUUGAUCCAGUUUCCAUGUUGCAUCUGAUCGCUGUUCAGAUGUUAUCAAUAUAGGUUGCCUAAAUAGACCCCAUAAGACUUUCUGGGGCAAAGAACACGAAGAAUUUGAAUUGCUGCGCUUAAGUCAUUGGGACAUUACAUGAGCUCCAGAAAUGGGUUCUAAAUUUCUCAACAUGACUCACUUGGAUCUCUGUGUAUCGGAUUAUACUGGUUUGUUUCCCCUGUGGUUGAAUAAAGUAGGUUUUCUUUCACUAUCUAAUUACUACAGUUCCUUAUAUUAUAUUAUAAUACUAAUAAUUCCCUUUAAGAUAGAUAAAUUGUGGCCACUUGAUGCUGGUAGUGCAUGUAGGAAUUCAAAGAAAGUGACCACUGAAGCCCUUUUCAUCUUCAGCCUUCAAAAUGGGAGCAAAAAUGCAGAAAAACCACUAAUGGUGAUUGAGGGCUCUAUCUAAUAUUACACAUAACAAUGUAAUGCUCUGCAUCUUCUUCUUUUCAUUUGUGACCACACUUUACCCCCUUGGCUUGUUCAUUAUUAUUUGGUUCUUCUAUUGGUUGGUUUCUUCUCUUUUUCUCUUGUAAGUUGUUGUAGUUGAUGAAAAAAAUUGGAAGAUGGGGUUGUUCUGAUAUUUGUGGAGGGUUUUCCUUCAAAACAAAAUGAAAAUUUGGAGAGAAAAAAUUGUAAUAAGACAUACUUGCUUUCUUAGGCUUAAACCCAACACUGAGUUAGGCAUAUUUUAAAUCCAUUGUUAGAUUUAGAGAACAGUGGAGAAGCUGAUUUGCUAGAUGUGUCUUCACUGUAAAAUAUACAGGAGGCUCCCAUUCGUUUUAGAGAUCAGACUUCAUAAAGCAUUUUUCCAAGUAUGGUCAUAUUCAGCCAGUUAGCUGUAAAUUAAGUGAAGUAAUGAGUUACUCUACAAGUUUGGUUAAGGCUUGCCAGUUCAAAUAAUGCUCUUGUAUAGUUUCUUGAACUUUUGACACUUGAAUUGUUGUGUGUUAGGUAAUUAACAGAAGGUACAACAUAUACAACAAGGAAAGUUCAAAUUAAUUAUAUUUCAGCAUGUUAUUGUAGAAGAUAAUCAGCUAACUCAUAGUGUGAGUAGAUCCUUUGAUUUUGAUAGGUCUACUCUCAGUAUGAUUACCACUGACUAUCACCCAAUUACUCAACCCUUUAAAGUUGCACAUGACAUUUAUAUGUAUGUAUGUUCUUCAUGUUGAAUAAACGAUAGGCUAAUACUCAUUAUCUGA